AUGAGCUACAAGAAAUCAGGCGGCUCUCCCAAGGUCUGGCUGAUCACUGGGUGUAGUUCAGGCUUUGGUAAGGUAUUCAUACCUUCAAUCACGGCGCGUGGGGACAGAGUGGUCGCCACGGCUCGAGAUAUUAGGUCGCUAGAUGAAUUUGCAUCCCAUGAAAAUAUUCGACUCCUCGAGCUGGAUGUAACCCAGCCAAGGAAGGCUCUCAAAGAAGCGGUCAAACAAGCAAUUUCUUUCUUUGGACAUAUAGACGUCCUGGUCAACAAUGCUGGAUAUGUGUUGUCGGGCGUGUGGGAAGAAUUAAGCGAAAUUGAGAUAACGAGACAAUUUCAUACCAACGUUCUUGGGCCUCUGGACCUCACGACGGCGCUGUUGCCACAUAUGCGUUCCCGUGGAACGGGGACAAUUAUCUUUAUGAGCAGUAUCGCUGCAUGGAGAGGAGUUGCAGUUGGAGGAGCAUACAGCGCUUCCAAAUUCGCUCUAGAGGGGGCAGCCGAAAGUCUCCAAAAGGAAGUCGAGCCAUUCGGCCUCCAGGUUCAUGUUGCUGUUUUAGGUCAAUUUCGCACGAGCAUCCUCAAUUCAAACAGGCGACUGGUGAGCCGCAGCACACGGCCUCUGGGUGAAUAUGACAGCGCCAUCCAAGCUUGCUUGUCAAGGCUGGAAAAGACCGACGGAAAGCAAGUUGGCGAUCCGCUGAAAGCUGUAGAGCGAAUCGUGGAUCUCGUUUACCAUACAGGUUACUUUGCUGAGCUCCAGAGAAUACCACUACGCAUUUUCCUGGGGUCUGACGCGAUGAACAUCGUUCGCGGCGAGUGCCAAAGUAUACUGGACGAUAUUAUUCGACAAGAAAAGGUGGGAAGAAGUACAGAUUUCGACGACGCAAAGCCGUCCUUGCCCUAUAAUUGA